AGAGGAGAGGGCGGGUCACACACACAGGCGGCACCCGGAGCUCAGCAUCAUUUAGCGGGAGAGUCUGUCCUACACCCGGACCCGUAUCCCGGGCUGACCCUGCGCAUCCGAAUCACCCGGCGGAGCAACAUGAUCGCAGAGUGAAACCGGUGAAACAUCCCCUCACGAACCGGGAAUAAUCCCUCACCCGAACCCUCGUAUCCAGGAUGGUGAUUGCGGCUCACUUGCCUCUAGUGCGGCUCCUCCCGACUGGGGGUGUCUCUACUGAACCCCGACACAUCUGACACUCUCCCCCCAUCUCCUUCAUCUCCCACCCCUGCAGGAGUCUGAUCCCCUCACCAUCUCCUCCUCCUCAUCAUCAUCAUCCUCCUCCUCAUCCUCAUCACCUUCUGACAAAAACGAUGCUCUGGCUCUAAAGACCCAACUGAGCAGGAUCUGCCCCCCCCCCAGCUUUAGCCCCAUCUGACCCCCAGUGGAAGGAAGAAGAUGGGGAAGGACCAGGAGCUGCUCCAGGCUGUGAAGAGUGAGGACCUGGGGAUGGUACAGAAGCUGCUGCAGAGACCCAAGGCAGGCAAAGCCAAGCUUCUGGGUUCUGCAAAGAGAGUGAAUGUAAAUUUCCAAGACACCGAUGGAUUCUCUGCCCUCCAUCAUGCUGCCCUUAGUGGGAACACUGAACUCAUCUCGCUGCUCCUGGAGGCCCAAGCUGCGGUGGAUAUUAAAGACAACAAAGGGAUGCGGCCACUGCACUACGCAGCAUGGCAGGGCAAGAAAGAGCCAAUGAAAAUGCUCCUCAAAUCUGGCUCUGCUGUGAAUAUUCCAUCAGAUGAGGGACAGAUCCCUUUGCACCAAGCUGCUCAGCAUGGGCAUUAUGAUGUGUCCGAGAUGUUGCUGCAGCACCAGUCCAACCCAUGCAUCAUGGAUAUAUCAGGAAAGACUCCCUUGGAUUUGGCUUGUGAGUUUGGAAGAGUUGGGGUCGUUCAGCUAUUGCUAAACAGUAACAUGUGUGCAGCAUUGCUAGAGCCCAAGCCAGGAGACAGCACUGACCCUAAUGGAACUAGCCCCUUGCAUCUGGCUGCUAAGAAUGGUCACAUUGAUAUCAUCAGGCUUCUGCUGCAGGCUGGCAUCGACAUCAACCGGCAAACCAAAUCUGGGACGGCUCUUCAUGAGGCAGCCUUGUGUGGGAAAACUGAAGUGGUGCGCCUUUUACUGGAUAGUGGAAUCAAUGCUCAUGUCAGAAAUACCUACAGCCAGUCAGCCCUGGAUAUUGUGAACCAGUUCACAGGAACGCAAGCUAGCAAGGAAAUCAAACACAUGCUUAGAGAAGCUUCCGCAGCUCUGCAGGUCAGGGCAAUGAAGGACUAUUGCAAUAAUUAUGAUCUGACCAGUCUGAAUAUAAAAACGGGGGAUGUUAUUACGGUCUUAGAGCAGCAUCCUGAUGGGCGAUGGAAAGGCUGCAUCCAUGAUAAUCGGACAGGAAACGACAGAGUGGGUUACUUUCCUUCAACCCUGGUUGAAGCCAUCAGCAGACGAACAGGUUCUUGGGACGCAUGUCACCAUGAAUAUUUGAGGCCGCGGCACACAGCCCGGGUAUCUAUCCCUAACGGUGACUCGCACAAUUCCUACCAUUGUUUGAUGCCACAAUCUCAUACCCAUCAGCUUCUUUUUAGUUCAUUUGGCUACCAAAGGCCCUGCGGUGCUGCAGGGUCCCGGGGGUCAGAAUCAAGCCCCUCGCAUAUGUCUCCAGGGCCCACAUCUAUUCCGCCAACUGAGGAAAUCUGGGUACUAAGGAAACCUUUUGCAGGUGGUGAUCGGAGCAGCAUGGGCAGUACAGGAAGUGGCCGGAGUUCUGGGAGCGGGCAAAGUGCUGGCAGUGCCCAUGCUAUUCACGCUGGCGCAGAGGGGGUUAAGCUGCUCGCCACUGUUCUUUCCCAGAAGUCAUUGGGGCAGGAGCCUGGAGACGCCUGUGAGACCCCCGCAGGAUCCUCUCGGCCUCAGAGUGUUGCAAGCUCACCUUAUAUUGAACAGGGAUAUAGCGAUCACCCCAAAAAGAUGGAGCCUCAAACCGAAGGCAAGAGUUCAGAGGCUGUAUUCCAGUGGCUGUGCAAGUUCCAGCUCCAGCUAUACGCACCAAAUUUCAUCAACUCUGGGUACGACAUCCCAACCAUCAGUCGCAUGACUCCGGAGGACCUCACAGCCAUUGGAGUGACUAAACCCGGGCAUCGGAAGAAGAUCUUCUCUGAGAUCAACAAUCUGAACAUAGGGGAAUGGCUUCCAGAAUAUAAACCAGCAAAUCUAUCGCUCUGGCUGACAAUGAUUGGGCUUAACCAGUACUACAAGGUCUUGAUAGAAAAUGGCUAUGAAAACAUUGAUUUCAUCACAGACAUCACGUGGGAAGACUUACAUGAGAUUGGCAUCACCAAACUGGGCCACCAGAAGAAGCUGAUGUUGGCCGUAAAGAAGCUGGCUGAGAUACAGAAGUCAGAAUAUGGCAAGUUUGAUUCAGGAAGCAUAAGGAGGAGGGUUCCCCAAAAGAGCUUGGAUUCAGCAUCUGAAUCACCUCUGCCAGACAGUGCUGAGUGCCAGUCUCCCAAAAUGAAGACUUUCCAAAAUGAAGACUUUGAGCUAAGCGAUGAGUUGCAGGCAGCUAUGACUGGGGACGCUUCGGAAGGUUCUGAGAAACAGAUUAACCACGUGGCACACCACAGAGAGAGCCCUGGAUACAGAGGCCCGUCAGGAGCACGGCUUCACCAUGAGGGCAGUUUGAGUGGCCGAGCUAGGCACAUCAGCAGCUCCCAGGAACUCCUUGGUGAUGGCAGCAAAGCUCCAAGCGCUGUAAUGUCUAAAAGCCAGGAGUACUUAACAGAGGACGUGAAAAAAGAGGAGGUGGUAAAAGAAACUAGGCCUUUUAAGCACGGCCAUUCAGUGAAGAAAGCAAGUGUGCCCCCUGUGCCAGGGAAGCCACGACAGUCAUUCCCUCCCCCUGGUGGGCAUACCUACACCCCACCUCAUACUCCUACUAAAGGAACACCCUCAUCCCCACAAGCUAUGGGUGUCCCUCAAGCAACAGCCAAAGUAAAACCCACUCCUCAACUUCUUCCACCUUCUGACCGACCAAUGUCACCUCGCUCUCUCCCACAGUCCCCUACACAUAGAGGUUUUGCCUACGUUCUUCCACAACCUUUUGAGGGUGAAGGUACACCUACACAUUUGGUACAGGCAGUGCCAGUAUUGCCAGUGUCAGUGCCUGUGUUAUGCUUACCACCUGCUGGGAGUGAAGGAGAAGAUGAGGAAGAAGAAACAGGGGAGGGAGAACAUGGACGACCCAAGAAACGGGCGCACAGCCUCAACCGAUAUGCAGCCUCAGACGGGGAACGUGAGGAGCUAUUGGUAAUUGAUGGGGGACCUUAUGGCACUGGACAAAGGCGUGUAGGAAGAAGCCACUCAGUGAGAUCUCAGUCAGGCAAUGACAAAAAUGUCAACCGCAGCCAGUCUUUUGCAGUGCGCCCCAGAAAGAAGGGUCCCCCUCCACCACCACCUAAACGUUCCAGUUCUGCCAUCUCUGGAACCAAUCUUGGAGAUGGAUUGUCUGCUGAUGAUGCAGGGGGUGAAGGUUACCAUGAACAGAGAAGAGCUAGUGAUUUUGGAGGAGUAGUUGACACUGAAAGUGCUGGCAGUGUAAGAAGCAUUGCAGCCAUGUUGGAGCUUUCAUCUAUUGGUGGGGGGCCAAGGGCACUUUCUGGGCAAAGGCCAAGAGGUUCUGAAGGCAUUUGUGCCCACCUCUUGCCCCAUCCAGGAAGCCCCGAGCUUCAGCGACUUCCAGGAAUUGUGAUUGGAGUAAAACAUCGUGAGGCAAUAGGGUUGGAUGGUGAGGUGGUAAAUCGCAGAAGAACCAUCAGUGGGCCUGUGACUGGACUUGUUACUGCAGCUCGAAGGGACCGUACUGAGCCACCAAAAUCCCCAGACUCUCCACGCAGUCCCUCUGAGGGGAUCCCUUUUGCAGAAGAACGUAAACAGACUGUUAAAUAUCGUGCCCGGCCAGCCAGGACGGAACAUACAGACUCACUAGACUCUGGUGUUUCCAGACAAACAGACCUAUCAUCUGUUGAAUCCAGUGUGACACUUAAACGAAGAGUGAGGGCCAGGCACAGCCAACACUCUGGAGAUGUAAAAUUUCUGCUCACAGAAUCAGAUACAGUCAAACGCAGGCCGAAGCCUAGAGACAAAGAAAGUGGGUUAGCAGGGAUAGAGCCGUUGACAGUUUAUCAGAAUGGCACAGGUACACUGAAGCGCCGCCCUGUCUCAGAGAUGAGUGCAGGAGGAAGGCAGGACAGCACAGAACACAUAGCACAGACCAUAGAACGCACCUUCAAACCCCCAGUCUCACCUAAACCCACCAUCAUACAGACUGCUGGAAAGAGUCACCCACCUUGUACACCCACAGCUGCAAAGAAGAUCCCUGGAUCUGUUGGAGAAUUAAAGAAGGGCACACCCCCUCCAGUCUCCCCAAAACCAACUCCUCCCCCAACAGCCCCCAAACCAGUCAAACCCCAUGCGGUCAUUCAGUCAUCCAGUGCAAGCUCAACUCCGACCCCCUCUCCCGUCAAGCAGCCCAACAACAUCAAACCGUCAAGCACUCCACCAUCUCUCUGCUCCAGCCCUGCCAAACCCCUUAGUCCAGGUCACCCCUUGCAGGUGCCCAUCAAACCCCCCAGACUAUCUAUAAGCAGCUCUUCUGUAGAAGGAGGGAGCAGUGAGGCUGCACAACAGAAGUUGGAAGAGACCAGUGCUUCCUUAGCCGCUGCACUACAGGCCGUGGAGGAAAAGAUUAAACAAGAAGAUGCACAGAAAGCUUCUUCCCUGGAAGAGAAGAGCACAGUCAGUAUCCUGGAUGACAUAGGUAGCAUGUUCGAUGACCUUGCAGACCAGCUGGACGCCAUGUUGGAGUGAGGCACUGACAUGUUUGUGUUCCGGUAUUCUCAAGGCAAGAUCACACUCUCUGCUUCCUGCCUCCUCUCUCCUCGCUGGGUCCUGUACAGACCACCUGCCUCCUCCUCGGAUACAUUUCUUCAGUCUGCCUCCUUUCCGUGGAACACACACACUUGUAGACUUAGCACAAACAAGCAAUGACGAAUACCUCAGGAUUGUGCUCAGAAGCUAGGGGGUCAGCUCAGGAAGGCUGUGAAUGAUGUAUGAUGAAGCCAGCGUCCCUUCAGUGUCUGCUGGAGAGGAAGCAUCGGCCUCUGGCUUUGCCUAGUACCAUGAUAACUACAGCUUCAAUACUGCCGUGCAAUGCUGGCCCCACACAGAGUCUUAAUCCAGGCUGAGAUUGUUACUGUGCAUUGUCAUUGGAUCUAACUGGUGUGCACAGCAAACAAUGGAACAAAAUCAUUUUCUGUAGCCAAACUGAUCCAAGGCAAUUUUUCCCUGUGUUUUUUAAGGCUGUGCUACAAUUUUUAUUUGAAUUUGAACAUGGUGCCAACAAGUUAAAUAUAUUAUUAAAAAAUUCCCAAGACCCUGCUUAACCUUUUGAGUGUCACCCGUAGGGGCCACAAUCGUAGGGUCACAUCAAACAGAGUCAACAAUGUAGAUUCUACAGUCCAAAGCACUGUGGUUGUCAUUGCACCGCUGUUACAUGCUGCAGAGCAUUUCACUUGUAUAUGAACGCAUGCACUUUCACAGCCCCAAAUGGUAGAGCAUUUUACCUAAGCACAGACAUUCUGCCCUGGUAACACUAUACAGCAACGCACGUUGCACUAACACAGCGGCUGUUCACUACAUUAUGAGCUACAACUACACAGAAGUCUCAACCAAUCAUUGCUGCUGAAUCAGCCUACGCUGCCCCCCAUAAUGACCACAAUAAAAUCUCUACUACAUUCCAUCGCAGGAUUGCUGCCCCCUUGUGUUCUAAAAUGAAUGUGCUCAGAAGCUUCCUGACCCCCUAUACUACGAUUUAACUCAUCAAUGAGGGAAGCAUACAAGCUUUACAAACCCUCAACAACAUGGAAUCGAAAAAAGGGCAGUAGAAAAAGGUUUUUUUAUAAGAAAAUUCUGAUUCUUAAACUUAUAAUCUUCACUAAGAACCUGCUGGGAAUGGCCAGUCCAAUGUUCUGCGCUAACCCUCAUCAGCCUGUAUGAAACAGCGCCCCCUUGUAAACCCAUUUGGCACCCUGAGGCAUGGAGGUCUCCUGUUGAAAGCACAGUAUUGAGGAUUCAGUAAAAUAAAUGGAGCAGAGGAGAUAGAGGAUAAAGAGGAGGCGGAAGCUUGGAUUCACCGAAUCAUCCCCGUUUUCUGAUGUGGUCAUCGCAUGGGAAAUAUAGACUGAAAUUUACUUUGUAAAUGGAUAUUACUGCUAUCACUUCCUCUCAUCUCCCAAAAAAAAACGAGCGAUUGUAUCCCCCCCGCAGCUGUGUCUAUACAGAGUGACAGAAAUAGCACAAACUACUCAGACUUUAAGGCCCUUUCUGCUGAUUUCUUUGGUUUUUCAUUUAUUGCUAUUAUUUAUUUGAUAUAUUUUGCAUUGAAUUACAAAGGUUGUGCCUUG